AACAAUUGGUGAAAGUGUGCAAAGAGUCCGAGAAAGACGAGAAACUCAUGGAAUAUAUGAAUGAAUUCAUUCCAACCAUCUCUGGAUUCUUGAAGACAAUCAUUUUUGUGCGACACAAGAGAACUGCUGAUCGUUUGGUACGAGUGCUGAAGAGGGACUCCUUUCCGGCCCGCGCUCUCCACUCGGAUAAAGAGCAAAACGAAAGGGAUUUUGUUAUCAGAGAGUUCAGAAAGGGGUCCAUUCCUAUACUGGUCGCCACUGAAGUAGCCUCCAGAGGGUUAGAUUUCAAAGACGUCCGACUCGUCCUUAAUUAUGAUUUUCCAUCAAAAAUGGAAGACUAUAUCCACAGAAUCGGUAGAACCGGUAGACAUAAGGAUAAGGGAACCGCAUUGACCUUA